UGGCCAUGGGUGAAUUUAAUUGCACCAGCCUGAUAUUACUUUACCCUACUAUUUUUCUCAUCCUCCUCUUCUCUGCAAUAAAUCACCAUUAUUCCAGCUUGGUCUUUGAUCUUCCAUCUCUUUUACAGUCCGAUGAUCAGCCGCCGGAGUCCGGCGGACCCGGCCACAUUACCAUCGGCCCUUUUGUUGACGAUAAGAAAGAAAUUCUGAACACCAGUACUGUUGUAAUUAACACUACUGUUACACAGAUGAAAAGGAAAAAUAUUGAUAAAUAUGAGAAAAUGGAAGCGGGUUUGGCGAGAGCUAGAGCUGCAAUAAGAAAAGCAGCUCGAACAAGAACAUAUACAUCUUACAAGGAAGAGAGUUUUGUCCCAAGAGGAGCCGCUUACCUCAACCCUUAUGCCUUCCAUCAGAGCCACAUUGAAAUGGAAAAGAGAUUCCGAGUGUGGUCAUACGAGGAAGGAGACCGGCCAAUCUUUCACAUGGGGCCGAUGAAUGAUAUAUACGCCACAGAAGGGAGCGUCAUCAAUGAAUUUGAGGGCCAGACAAGCCUAUUUUCAGCUCACAAUCCCGACGAGGCCCUUGCUUUUCUCAUUCCUGUCAGUGUCGUUUCCAUUGUAGAAUACGUUUACAGACCCUAUCACAACUAUUCGCGAAUAAGGCUUCAAAGCAUUGUAGAAGAUUACAUUGACAUCGUCUCCAACAGAUAUCCUUACUGGAACAGAACCAAGGGAGCUGACCACUUUAUGGCAGCUUGUCAUGAUUGGGCACCUGAUGUUUCAAAAGGUCACAGGCCUGAUCUUUUCAAGCAUUUCAUUAGAGUGCUUUGCAAUGCCAAUUCUUCUGAGGGUUUCGAACCAAUCCGAGAUGUCUCCUUACCUGAAAUCAACCUCGGUAAAGGCGUAAGAGGUUUACCGGACCCUGGCUUUAUUCAACCGCCAAAUAACCGUUCCACGCUAGCCUUCUUCGCCGGCGGUUCUCAUGGUUUUGUGAGAAAAGAGCUGUUCAAGCAUUGGAAAGAAAAAGACGAGGAGAUUCGAGUCCACGAAUACCUACCGAAAACCCUAAACUACAAAGAGCUGAUGGGCAAAAGCAAGUUCUGCUUGUGCCCCAGUGGGUAUGAAGUUGCUAGCCCUAGAGUGGUGGAGUCCAUAUACUCAGGGUGUGUGCCAGUGAUAAUUUCUCCUGACUAUGUUCUACCCUUCAGCGAUGUUCUUAAUUGGAGUAUGUUUUCAGUGCAUGUACCGUUUGAAAAGAUUUCGGAGAUAAAGACCAUUUUGAAAGGAAUUUCUGUUGACAAGUAUUUGGCAAUGCAACGAAGAGUUAUUCAAGUACAACCACAUUUUGUUCACAACAGUCCAGCUAAACCGUUUGAUUUUAUGCAUAUGAUUAUGCACUCUGUUUGGCUUAGGAGACUUAACGUGAGGUUGUAGCUUGGUUUUAGCCUUA